AUGUCCGUCGCCGCCGGUACUUCGAAGAUGUCCAAGCUUCGAUCGAAACAAACACGUCUUCGCAAUCUGAUGACUUCAUUCAACGUAAUCUAUUCGUUCAUGGAGGAAUAUGAAGAUACCCGGCAUUCUAGUGAGUUGGCUUCGCGGUUGGAGAAAUUGGAGCCACUGUGGGAGAAGAUAGAUGAAGCAAUGACGGAAACGGAAUUGGCUGAUAGUGAAGAGGGGGCGGCUGGGGAGAGGUAUGUGAAGGAUAGAGUUGAGUUCCAGAAUAAAUUCUUUACCUUGAAGGGAUUCUUAGUCUCGAAACUUCGGGACAAUCCCGAGCAUAACGGAGCCUUUCCAGCGUCUCAGCUUUUAGAAUCCACCAUAACUCCAACACACCCCCACGUUAAGUUACCUUUGAUAAGUCUUCCAAAAUUUUCUGGGAAUGUGGAGGAGUGGCUAGCUUUUCGAGACUUAUUUGUUUCACUAAUACAUUUUUCGUCGGAUUUGCCUGACAUCGAAAAGUUCCAUUAUCUUAGGAGUCAAUUAGAAGGAGAAGCUUUGGCAGUGAUAUCAUCAUUACCACUCACUCAAGCGAAUUAUAAUGUUGCUUGGGAGUUGCUGGUCAAACGGUACGCGAACAGUAAAUGUCUCAAAAAGAAGCAGAUUCAAAAUCUCUUUGAAUGUUCGGCCAUUCGUAAGGAGUCAGCGGCUGAAUUACAAAAAUUAGUUGAAGCUUUCGAGAAGUCUACCAAGGUACUGGAUCAGGUGGUACAACAAGGUGAUUACAAGGACUUAUUGCUGAUUCAUCUAAUGUGCUCAAGAUUAGAUGAUAAAACACGUCGAAGUCGGGAAGAACAUUCGUCGGUGUUGGAGGAAGAAGGUAUAAAGGAUUUGAUGGAGUUUUUGCUUCGCCGCAUACGAGUACUAGAGUCUCUGCCAAAUAGACAACCAGAUACUCAAAUCCCAACAAUUAAAAGGGUUCAUCCCAACAAGAUUGCCAGUCAUGGAGUAUUUCAAUCAAUCCAAUCCAAAUGUCUCUCUUGUGCAGAUACACAUCCACUUUUUACAUGUCCAGUAUUUGGUAGAUUACCGGUAAUGGAAAGAGAAAAAUUGUUACGCCAAAAUUCGCUGUGCAGAAACUGUUUUCGUAGAGGGCACCAAGCAAAGGAGUGCACAUCACGGUUUUCGUGUCGACGGUGCAAGGAAAGACAUCACACCUUGGUCUGCUAUAAGGAGGAGAAACAGAAGGUUCUGCAUGGAGCAGAAAAACAAGUCAAGGGAGCAGUAGAUCAAUUGCAAGUUGAUAAGGCAUCUACGUCUAAGGUUUCAGAAGGUUCGUCGGUCAGCAGCAACAUAGCGCGGUAUGGUUCGAAGGUGCUUCUGGCUACCGCGGUAGUCCGAGCAGUCGACGAUUAUGGACAUGAAUUUCUCGCUAGAGCGCUUCUGGAUUCCGGAUCGGAGUGUAAUAUUAUCUCUACCCAUUUGGCGCAGAAAUUACAUGUGAAACGGUACAAGACAGAUAUUGAAAUAUCAGGUAUCGGGCAAGCUCCAGUAAAAACUACGGAGAAGGUUCGAGUUACAAUUACGUCGCGAUUAUCAUCUUACUCACAGAACAUGGAAUUAUAUGUUUUGAAUAAGGUGACCGAAGAUUUACCAACAUCAGCUAUUAGUGUUAGUAAUUGGGAAUCACCUGUAGGGGUUCAGUUGGCCGAUCCCGAAUUUUUCAGAACUCAUCCAAUCGAUCUACUAUUAGGAGGGGAGUUCUUUUUCGAUUUCUUCCCCAAGAAACAACAAGUUUCGUUGGGACUUAACAUGCCUACACUCGUGGAUUCUGUUUUCGGGUGGUUGAUUACAGGACGGUGUGCAUAG